AUGUUGACUGCGGCUCAGAUCAUGAUCAACAAUAUCAAGGAAAUGAAAGGCAGAAAACCUCAAUUGCAAUUAGGAAUUAAAUCAAAAGACGGGGUAACUCUUCACAAUGACGAAGAUAUCACAAAGAAAUGGGAAGAAUACAUAGAGAAGGAACUCUUCAAGGAUGAUAGAAAAGAUCCUCUGGAAAUAGGGACCAAAGACAACAUGGUUAGUAUAUCACAACAGGAAGUUGAAGACACCAUAAAACAACUCCCUAAAAACAAAGCUCUAGGAGAAGACAACUUACCAGCAGAGUUCUUCAAAGAACUUUGA